AUGAAGAUUGAAAGGCCAAUGGAGAGGCGAUUCUCACAGCCAGGCAAGCAGAUUUCAAAUAUAAUAAAGCAGUUGUCAAAUCUACCGGAAGAGGAGCUUCCAACGUAUCUGAACAAUAUAUACGAGUGGCGGUGCGCCAAGACAGAUCUUCUGUACUGGGUUGACGUACUUGAUAGAUUUGAUGAGAUCUUGAAGGCAGUUGUAACAGAAUAUGGGUUAGGCCAAUUUCAAAACAAACCCAUGAAAGAAUCAGAUAAAGAGAUGGUUUAUGCGAUAUUAAAAUUUCAGAAACUGUUGGUUGAGAACAGUUCGAACAAAAGCAUGUUCAGCUCAUUUGAUGUGGUAGAGCCUUUUAUCUAUUCGUUUGAGCUGGAUUUAGCGAUUGAAGCGCUUUAUUUGGUUUCAUUCUUUGCUUCGAAGAUUCACAUACAGCGAUCAAUAAAGACAAGCAUGGCUCUGAUGAAGAUGGAGACACUGAAAAUACUAAUUGAGCGAGUGAAGGAGAAGCCGCAGAGCAUGUACACGUACUAUGAUGAGACUACAAAUAAUUGCAAGCGGGUGAGUAUUAAGAAGGCAGUGAAGAAGGGAAUAUACAGUAUUUCAGAUAAGAUGCUUCCAAGCCAAGAGAUGAGAAGGUUUAUACAUGCGAUACGGCUGCAUGAAAUGGCUGAGCAGCAUGAGAAGUUGAAAAUAAUAAGAAUGCUUGCAUUUAGUGCGCUGGUUUACUAUAGCUACACAGACCUGCCAAUAGACUCUGAGUUUAUUAGCCGGGAUCUGCCAGAGACACUAGCAAUAAUCAACACAGAGAGUUAUCAGAUGAGAGAGGCGGCAGUGACCAUGAUAGAUGCCAUAUUUCGAAUGAGGAUUAGGCACUCUGCUGUUAUAGCGGCAAUGAAUGCACAGUCGCAUGAAGGGAUGAUAAUGAAUCUUUUGAAGAAAGUAGUAAAUGAGGAUGUUCCAGAGCACUUUGCGAUUGUUUUCUUCAAUUUUCUUAGUUCAUGCUUUGCCUCUGGGCCGUGUGUAUCUGCGCUGUUUUCAGCAGGAAUUGUGCAGUAUGUGUGCAAUACACUGAGGGACCGGCCAGAUAUUUCUUACCGAAAGAGGAUGCGGCUGGUGAUGGGAGCCAACACAUUUUUGUUUACUUUGCCAGCGCCUUUUACAUGGUUUAUAUCCGAGAAUGGAAUUAGGAUCCUUUCAAAGGAAUUGCUUCUGGCAGUUGACGUGGCGGUGGGUAACAUAAAGGACCACGACCUGCUGAUGUACAUCAACUCAAUAAUGAAGAUUAUAUCGCAGCUAUUUAAGAAUGCAGGAACAGCAGAGGCAAUGCGCGGGUUUUUGGAGGGCGAGUUUCCAAGGGCUAUUAGCUUGAUUCUCUUCCACUCGGAAGAGUUUACACCCUCUAUUCUUGCGUAUUUGUUUUCAGCGGUUGGGGACUACAUUCACAACGAGCCAUCAAACCUUCCCUUUAUUAUUGAGGCAGGAAUAUUUGAUGGGUUUGUGAUGUGCAUGAAGAAAGAGCUGCCUGAAUCGCCAGACUUUCUGCUUGAGCUGCCUAAUCUGAUUGAGGCGUUCUUUUUGAACUCAGAGCUAAUCAAAAAAAUAGAUGAAGAGAAUAUCUUGGACAGGAUAUUUGAGAGCUUUGAAAUAGUAAAUUUGAGCAAUAUUAUUCUGAUGUAUGACAUAGGCCGUGCGUAUGGUAUAUUCCUGGAGAAUCUUGUGCGGCAUUAUCCGAUUAUUUCACUGACGGUUAAAGAGAAGAUAUACAAUACAAUGAAAAAUCUGGAAAGCAUGAUACCGAACACCGACCUAGAGCUCAUGCGGCUUCUGCUUGGGAACUUAUUCCGGAUGAUGCACCGGGCAGUGUACAGAAAGACAACCAACAACCAAUUAAUUACAGACAAAGGGCUAUUGAACAACAGAAUAAUAAGCAUGCUUAUGCUGAUAGAGAUCCCUACAGAAACUGAGCUAUACACUGAUGUAAUGAACAUACUAAUGGAGGUAUUUGAUGAGGAUCAGACGUAUGUUAUUUCAUACAUUGCUAAGGUUAUUGAUAGAGUCAUGAAAAACAAGGUCACCCUAGAGAACAUAGAGAAAAUCAAAAGAAUUCUGCUGAUAGUGAACUAUCUUAUAUUCAAAAACGAAGAGACAUGCGAAGAGUUUAUUAAGCACUGCACGUCCAAGGGGUUCCUGCAGAUUGUUAAGAGGAUUAGCCAGUACUUUGACAAUCUAAAGAAGGACACUGCCCUGGUGAGUGUGGCAAAGAAUGAAAGUCUGACCAAUCUGUACUAUUCGUUUACUAUGGGGAUACUGAAGACUGUGUACAGGUACAGCAAAACCAAUGCUAAGGAGUACUUAAAGAUUUUUGGGCUGCUAGUUGAGGACUUAUUGAGCAAGACAGAGCAGAUAGACCACUUAUACUAUACACAGCGAAUGCACGGGCUGAAGAACUAUAUUAUGGUGGACAAAAGCCCACAGCAAUACCCACAGAAGAAUGAAUUUGUUGUAACGCAGGAGUAUCUUAUGGGCAUUAAUCUGAGCGAGACCCUUAUGGAGCACGCAAAGAAUUCGGUUUCUAUGCUGAAGAGCGAGAAAAUAACCAUGGAUGCGCAUAAGAAGGUAGUUUCAUCCAUACUUGAGGUGCUUUCUAUAUAUGUUCGAGGCAUUAAAAAUCUCUUUGUUCCAGUGAAAGAGCCCAAGAAGAAGGUGUGUGAAAUUGAGGAGCAUGUGCUUAUAAUAGCAGAGCUUCUGAUGGACUACAUAGACAAGAGCAGCAUAGAGCAUCUGCUGAAUAUAGUAAAAACUGCCUUCUUUGUUACUCUUAGGAAGCAAAUCACAAAAGAGGUGGAUAGGGAGAACGAAGGUUCAGCAGAGUAUAAGAGAAGGAACAUUCUUGGGUCAUUUUUCAUUUCUGUGUUUUUAAACCUUCCAAAGGAGGAGACAGAAGCUGUUCUGAAAUCAGAUAUUUUCACUAUUCUUGUAAAGAACAAAAAAACGUUCAAGCAAGUGUACAACAAGAACUGUUUUGGCCUUCUGCAGUAUGCGGCAAUUAAGGAGAGCAGGGUGUUUUCGCAUCUGGUCUCGUUUAUUCCAAAGAUGACCAAGCAAGUGGGGGCAUCUACAGACCCGGCUUUUUUGAAACUUUAUGCAGUUGGACUUGUUUUUGUGGCAAUACGGGACACACUGAAGAAAACAACAGUUCUUUCUAGAUUCAUAGGAAACGUUGUUUUCGCAGAGAGUAUGUGCCCAAUGGUUGUAGAGGCGCAGGGAAUAGUUAUUCUUGCGAUUGUUAAGCUAAAAAUAGAGUAUAAUCUUGCAAUAACAAUAGAAGACCCAAUUAUUCAUUUGAAUCGGAUAUAUGCAAUAGUAGAAACGGCAGAGCAGAAAGAAAGCUUGGUCAUUCUAGCCAACCUUCUGAUAAGAAGGGUGAUAGAAAGCAAAGAGGCGGCGAAAGAGGCAGUGGACACUAUUAUAAAGAACAAGCAUUUGGGGAAAAGCCGGAUGUACACUGUUCACACUGUGUGCAGCAAUCUACGAAAUGCGUUGUUCUACUCAAUCACAUCCUUCCUGGAGUAUCUUUCAAGUAACUUUGAGUGCAUUAGUGCGGGGUGGGAGGACAUUCGGCACAAGCUUCCAGAUGAGCCGGCAAACCCCACAGAGAGUGGGCAGAUAUCAGAGGCAGUGCUGGAGACUCUUUCAGAUGGGCUAUUCACAAAACAGAUAAAGAUAUAUUCUGGGCUAAAUGCCGAGCUUUUUAGAACACUAUUCGUGCACAGGGCAACUGGCAAGAUGGAGCAGAUAGUGCGAAUUCACUCGCUGUGUCUCUUAGUAGUUUCUUUCCCGCAGCUUAUUUCAACACUUGUGCUAGAGGACUAUUCAUUCUUUAUGUACUUCUUGGAGAACCAUGCAGCGUACUCUAAAUCACUGAAGCCGAGUGCAUUCCAGCAGGAAGACAAAACCCUUGCGUACUGGUCGGGCCACUUUAUUAUGCUUAUAUUCAACCAUACAACGUAUGUAGAGGUUAAGAAAUACAUUCUAGAGAAGGUUUUGGAGCUGCUUCCUACGUCUAUUAAUGCAACGGUUAUUUUUUCUGAGCUCAUACAGGAGAUUCUUACGAUGCGAUUCAGCAAGAACACAUUUGACGAGAACACGGCGCUUGUGAAAGAGAUGAACUGUUUAGAGGUUAUGAUCAGAAGCACCAUGCAGAUAGAUAACAGAAGAAAGGACUAUGGGUCUAUCAUGGAGAUACUUACCAAGCCAAUGGAGUAUAUCACGCGUAUUUUAGCAGUUGAUGAGAAAGAAGCGUUUUAUGAAGAGGUUACGCAGUCAGAAGAAGAGGUUUAUUUUGAAGACAUUGAUGAAGGGUACAUGGAAGACUUUGACACAGAUGAGACAAUGGAUAGUGACCAGGUGGUGUAUGAUGACACAGAGGAGAACUCACAGGAAGUAGGGGAGUUGUGCAGUGAGGAUUCGCUGACUGUAUACACUGCAGAGUCAAAUAACUAUGGGGAGUAUCUUAUGUCAGAUGAAGAAUCAUCAAGUGAGGAAGAAGGCAUGGAUGAGGAGCAGUUCUCGUCUGAGCAGUCGGAGAAGAAUGAGUUCCUAAAGUCACUCUGCAUACUUCCUAUAUCUAAGCUGAUAGGAAAAGAAAUGGAGAUAUUCAAUGCAGAUGAAAGAAUGCCUUUUGUGCAAAAAAUACUUGAAGGCAUCAUUAUUUCAAAUCUCCAGGAGAAAGAGCCUUCUUCUACAGAUGAAGAAACUUUUGACAGCGAGGAGGGAUCAUAUCGCAGGCACCAGUAUCUCAUGCGGCGGGAAGAGGAGAAUGAUGAUGAAGAGCUAAAUGACUAUGCAAUCGACCCUACAGACCCAGAUGCGCACUUAGACGACGAGGGUCCAGAAGAAAUUGAUGAGGGCGUAGACGAGUAUGAUGACGAGUCGCAGUAUGACUAUGAUGGAAAUGGGUCUGAUGACGAAGAGUAUGAUGACGAAGAAAGCUUUGCAACUGGAGAAGAAAUAGCCAUUGGUGAUGAAAAUGGAGAAAUUCCUGAGUUGGAUGUGGAGGUUUUAAAUAAUCUACCGUCUUCUAUUCUAGAGGACACGGUUGAAAACUUCUACCAGGACAGAAUCUCGUCAAGCACUGAGUACCGCGCAAUAAGUCUGCACUUUUUGAACAGACUUAGAGAGGAGGUGCGAAGUGUAUUUGAGGAGCACGAGGCUCGGUAUAUGGAAACAUUCGCAGGAGAAAUUGUGCCACGCAGAGAGGAGAAGAAAAAGAAGCCACAGGAGAUGCCAUUUAUUGCUGAGAGAGAGGCCGCUGCCUCUGUCCCUAUUGACAUUGUUUUUGGGCUUAUUCACAUGGUCCUGCAGUGCGGAAACAGAAGAAACCUUUAUCGAAUAAUUCAUAAUAUAUCUGCAAAUAAAGAAGUGCGGAUAUUUUCAGUGGAGACUUUGGUUAACUCAAUUCAUCAGGCUAUGGUAGAAGGGGCUAGCAGCUCUGCUGGCGCAGGGAGUUCAACUGUAAAUGCAAGCGCUGGGUCAUCUGGAAACAAUGAAGCAAUCGCACCAGAGGUAAUUACAAAGAGAGGAUUUGAAGCAUUAACAUAUCUGUGCACCAAGUCGUCCGACUUUACGACUGUUUUCAGCUACAACACAGAGCUGAUAAAUAAGAUACUUCAAGCUACUAACAAGAGGACUAUUGCUGAGAGCGUUAAGCUUUUGAGCACUGUGGGUGACUGUUUCAAUAAUGAUAAAGUAUCAGAGCCAGAAAACAUUGAAGUGCGCAAGUACAUAGGCUUUUUGGAGUAUGACAUGACAGAUGAUACUUUUAAGCAUUUCUGUGAGUUUAUUAAAAAAACAGACCGGUUCUAUAGGCCUAUGUAUCUUCUCUAUUUAAUGGGAGGAAGCAAAAAAAGCCUUGAAGAGUGUCUGGAUAAAAAAGCAGAAUUUAACAGCCACACACACCAUAAGGGCAUUAUAAAGCUUGUUAGAAUGCUGAGUUUGGUAAAUAUCAUGGGAAUAACAGAGACGUAUCUGGAUAGUCUUAUGGAACUUAGAGAGAUGCCGUUCUGGGAAUACUAUUUUAAUAUUAUCCUGCCUAAGGAGAAGGAAUCAUUGUAUGCAUCGUCAAUUCUUCCUCUAUUUAAGGCAUUUGUCAUUGUGCAUACGAUACAGAUGUAUAUAGGAAGAAAUGAAAACGUAAAUGAGUUCUCAGAGAUACCAAAUAGCGACUCAUCUAUAUACUAUAAUGUGGUAGAGAAGGAGAAAGACCUUAUUAACACAUUUAUUCAAGCAGACCCGGAUCUAUUAUUCCAUGCGUUUGCAGGCCUUCAGAAGAAAAUAUUAGACUUUGACAACAAGCGGAUAUACUUCUACAAAAAAAUACGGGAAGAUGUGCAGCUACGGCCAACUAUUUCGCUUAUGGUGCAGAGAGGAGCAGUGUUUGAGGAUACUUUCCACCAGCUAAUGCGGCUGAAUGGAGAGCAAGUAAGAAAUGCAAAGUUCAACAUUAAGUUUGCAGGAGAGGAAGGUGUUGAUGCAGGCGGCCUUACACGAGAGUGGUACUCUGAGCUGAGUAAAGAGAUGUUCAAUGCAAACUAUGCACUUUUCACUCCUAUAGGCUCUUCAUACCAGCCAAACCACAUAAGCCACAUAAACCCAGAGCAUCUUGUAUACUUCAAAUUUAUUGGGCGUAUUAUUGGAAAGGCUGUGUAUGAUGAAAUGACUGUUGACUGCCACUUUACACGGGCCUUCUAUAAGCGUGUGCUAAGUAUUCCUGUUGACCUCACUGAUGUUGAAGCAUUAGAUCCAGAGUUCCACCGGUCUCUUGUCUGGAUUCUUGAAAAUGACAUUGAGAAUGUUCUGGAGAUGACUUUUUCGCUAGAGCAAGACCGAUUUGGAAUUACCGAAGUAAUUGAUUUGAAGGAGAAUGGAAGAAACAUUGCAGUAACAAAUGAGAAUAAGCGAGAGUAUGUAGAGCUUGUGUGUAGGUUCAAGCUUGUCCGAGUGAUUGAAAGACAGUUGUCUGCAUUUGCAGAGGGAUUCUUUGAAAUACUAGACGUAGAUAUGCUAAGGAUGUUCAAUGAAAAAGAGCUUGAGCUUCUAAUCAGUGGUCUUCCAGAAAUUGACGUGGAUGACUGGCGCAACAAUACUAUAUACUUUGGGUACACUUCAGACUCACAAGUUAUUCGAUGGUACUGGCGAGCAGUGCGUAAUUUCAGCAUGGAAGAGAGAGCCAAACUCCUGCAAUUUGCCACAGGAACUUCUAAGCUACCUCUUGAGGGAUUCGCAGGCCUGCGGUGCCAAAACGGAAACCAGAAAUUCCAAAUCCACAAAGCAUCCGGCGGAUCAUCCAGACUGCCAACUGCACAUACAUGUUUCAACCAACUAGAUCUACCAGAGUAUGACUCAUAUGAGCAAUUAGUUAAGGCGCUUCUUUUCUCACUAGAAGAGUGUACUAGUGGGUUUGGAUUUGCAUAA